AUGCCUCCUAAAAAAUAAAAAGAUGAUGGUGCACAAAACAAUGCAGCCAAGAUCACUAUGCUCGAUUUUGAAGCCAAAAGAUUAUAGAUGAGAAUUGUCGAGGAACAAAUGAGAGCUGAUCGUUCCAAAACAUAAGAGAUGCAGUUACAAUAAAAAUAUUUAAGUAUGGAGAAGGAAUAAGAAGGAGAGAAGGAAAAGCUAUUCAAUAUCAGUACUGAUAUGAAUAGACAAUAUAAACAAAUGCAGGAUGAAUUACUUAAAGAUAUCAAUGAGUUGAAUGCUACUGUCAAAGAGAAAGAUGAAGUUAUUAAAACCAAAGAAUAAUAAAUAACCGAUUAUCGAGCUAGUUAUGAGGAGAAACUGAAGAAAAAAGACUAGGAUAUCGCAGAAUUAAGGAAGAAGAUAGAUGAUAUGUCAUUAGAAUUUGCAGACAUGCUUAAAGAGACACUUAACAAAAUGCAAGAGCGUAUUGAGUUGGCUUAAUGGGAUAACAAUUCAGAUAAUUAAGUUAUGAGAAAUUUCAAGGAAGCUUCGGGUUUUGGCAAUUGA